CAGUCUUGAGGCCUCACACGCAACAAGAGCUGGGUGUGGCAAACCCUCUGCUGAUAAUAGCCUAUGGGCGGGGUCUCACCAUCCAGUUAUUUAUUAAGGCUGUGGUUGAGGUUGUUUGUUGGGCGCGUUGGGGGUGUUUUUUGGGGAGGGGUGGGAAAUUUGUUAUUUUAUUAAAAAAAAAAAACCACGCGAGUCUAACAGUUUUUAGACUCUGCUUAAAAUCUGGAAAUAUGUCUGUUGCAAAUCAAGACACACAGAGUGGAAGCAUUUCCAGAGAUGAAAAUGUUCAGUUGCCUGCAACAAGCCAAGGUUAUGUUUUACCUGAAGGGAAAAUCAUGCCAAAUUCCAUUUUUGUAGGAGGAAUAGAUAUACGGAUGGAUGAGACAGAAAUUCGGAGCUUCUUUGCAAGAUAUGGCACUGUUAAAGAAGUGAAAAUAAUCACGGAUAGAACUGGUGUGUCAAAGGGGUAUGGAUUUGUAUCUUUUUUGGACAACGUUGAUGUACAAAAAAUUGUCGAAUCACAAAUAAAUUUCCAUGGGAAGAAACUCAAGCUAGGACCUGCAAUAAGAAAGCAUCCAAAUUUAUGUGCCUAUCAUGUGCAGUCUAGACCAGUACUUAUUAAUUCACCCACACCUCAGUUCCACAGUGUCUGGAGUAACCAAGAGACAUAUAUGCAGCAUCCAGCUGUGAUGAGCCCUGUAACACAAUAUGUGCAGGCAUAUCCUUAUGGCUCGCCAACUUUACUGAUUCAGCAGCAAGUUCCUGUAGGAUACCCGCCAACUUACAACUACCAGGUUCCACCCCAGUGGCCUCCUGGAGAGCCAAGAAAUUACAUUGUGCCUCCGACUUAUACUACAGUUAAUUAUGGUGGUGAAAUGGAUCCUGGAACAGACCAAGCAGAAUAUUCUAUGGCUGAUACAACCCAAUCGUGCGCCAACAGUCCACAAAAGAGAUCUGUGGACCGAAGCAUACAGACAGUGGUGUCUUGUCUGUGUAAUCCAGACAACCGCUUGAGGAACAAUAUUGUAACACAGGAAGACUACCUUAAGGAGAAGAGGGCACAUCAUUUCAGAAGAAGUCGAGCUGUACUUAAAAGUGUUUGACCUAAUGAUACUUUCACAGAAGACCUGAAGUAUUGCUGUGGUACCUGUCAUCUGUUGUGAUUACAACAACCUGGAAGUCAUAUGCUUGACAGAAAAUGCUUGACAGUUAUUAGCAAAAGUUGCUUCAAGAUGUUUGUUUGAAGUUGUGUGUUACCUAUUUCUAGAUGAGUGUUUUAUCUAGUUGAGAGUUUUGUGUUCUGUUUCUAAAAAAAUUCUAAUAGUUGGAAUUCAUACUGUUGAUUUUGUGUUUAUAUUUAAAUGUAAUAUUUUACUGCAUGUUGGCACUUAGCUAUUUUUUACAUUUUAACUUUUUACUAAUCUGACUACUACCAGCUGCUAAGAGUUCUUGCCGAAGGUGGUUGUUUUAACACUACUUGAAUCAGUGGAAUAGACCUCAGUUGCAUCUCAAUUAGUGCCUUGACUACAUACUUGGUACAUUUGCCAGUUCAAUCAGUGGGGACUUUGUUCAGUAACUUGGUAGAGUUGGAUCCAGUGAUCUGUUGUGCAAAAACUGUGAAUCUAUCCUGUGUUUCCCUUCCUUUCCCCAAGUACUUUGAUGGACAGUUGAUGCCAAGGCAAGACACAGGUAGAUGAUAGCUAUAUGGGUAGAGGCUGCAGUGAUGAGGGGGAAGGGGUGAAACGAUCCUUUUUUCUAUUAUAAGUAAAUGGCCUUGAUACCUUUUUUCUCCUACUGCAGCCUCUGAGCCUCUGCUCCACAUGUGUCCCAUGAAUCAACUUUCUUAUAGUGGGGAGGAGGCACAGGAAAAAGCUGGGGGCAGCAGUACCUUCCACUGAUGGAUGACUUGAUUGAACCCUUAGUUUAAAUGUACACUAUCCCUUUUUGAGAUCUGAUGAUUAAAAGUGUACUCAAGAAUGUAACUAGCAGUAUUAAUUAUACUUGGUGAAUUACACUUUUUUAUAUUGAACCAACUUAACUGAUACCCGUGUCUUAAUUGUGGAGUAUUACGUGUGAUCUCUCAUGUGUUUGUUUUUUCUUUAAAUUGGUCAACUUUAAAUCAAAGAACUUAGAAGGAACAGUUUAAUUAUGUAGACUUUAGUUUUGUAUCAGUAGAAUUCCAAAAAAAUAAACUUAUUUUGCACUGGU